CUCCCUGGUGUGAACUCUCUGAGUCUUUCAAUCUCUUGAUUCUUGUUCCCGUAGUUGUCGUGUCGUAGCAUUAUUGAGUGUUCCACGCAAGGACGUGGUGCUUCUCCUGUGUUUCUUCAAGUUUCGUGUUGGACAAGUCUUCUGCAGUGUAUUGACUUCUUGAGGAGAAUGGAUAGGGUGGGAGUUAGUCCCCCAUCUACCAAAUCCACUUUUUCUUCGUUCAUUUUAGAUUUUGAGAUCAGUGUAAAUAUAAAACAGAGUUUUAGAAUAUCAAGGCUCAACCAUGCCUGGACGCCUACAAAAUUACUGGAAUCGUCGAAAGUCGUCAUUCUCUAGUUCCGGAAGACCCAAGCGAACGCCUCUACCCAAGAAUGUAGUGAUUGCCUGCCUGUGUGGCUUGUUCCCCAGUGCGUUUCUCAUUACUAUGCUGUUUCCGUUCUUGCCAUGGAUGGUUAAGCAAUUCACUGUCAAUGGCGAGAAGAUCACAGAAUUGAACUCAGGUCCAUAUGUGGGUCUAAUCGCCUCAUCAUUGUUUUUUGGAAGAUUUGCUGGCAGUUACUUCUGGGGAUGGUUUUCAGAUGUGAAGGGUCGCCGGCCAGCCAUGCUGUACAGUGUGGCACUCUUGGCUGUUGCCACCACCAUGUUUGGCUUCACCAAUAGCGCUUUAGGCCUUGGCUGGGCAGUGUUCACCCGUUUUUUAACAGGCCUUUUCAACGGUAUCGUCGGGACGUCCAAAGCAGUACUGUCCGAGGUUUGCGACAACUCUAACCAGGCUCAAGCUCUUACACUGCUCACUGCUUCGUUCAAUUUGGGUCUCAUCGUCGGCCCAGCUGUGGGAGGCUUUCUUGCGGAACCUGCCCGGCAGUACCCCUCUACUUUCGGAGGCAGUUCAUUUCUGAAAUUGUUCCCCUACGUCCUACCAAGUAUGGUGAGCUUGGCUCUUUGCAUAUUCGGCUUCGUGGUGAUGUUCAAGUUCUUGCCGGAAACCCUGGCAUCAAAAAGAAAGUACAAGAAGGUGGGCGGUGGCGCGGAUUCUGGUGAAAUUAGUUCCAUUGGCAAUGGCGAUGUGAACUCUCGUAAUGGAAGACCAGAGAGCCGUGGCUCAUGGAUGGUAGCGUUCAGUGCAGCAUCCAAGAAAACUUCUAUCCACUCUGGGCCGGAUAUCUUGAAUAACGCUGACGACGUUUCUCUGGACGACUCUUUGUCCAUCCAUAUCAAUCAUGGAGCAACGGAACGUUAUGAUGAAGAUGACGAGGAGUUGGUGGAAGAGAAUUGUGAUCCAUUCGUGAAUGCUUCCAGCUUCGCAGCACCACUGCUGAGUAAUGGCGUGUCGUCUUCCAAUAACAAUGCUGUGCCAAGUCUGUUGCAGAACGGUGUGAAAGAAACAGUCACCGCUGUCCACGGUCCUGCAGGCAGUGAUGCUGAAAUUCUUAGCCAAUCUAACAAUGGCGAGGGUGACAGUGAUGCUGAUGAUGAUAUUGAUGACAGCCUUGUCAUGCCACCACCGGGCUACUCCUCUUGUGCGUGCUGGCGUUGGCUGCUGCGCUAUCGUCUAGUUCGCCUGUUGGAUCGCUCCAAGUUCAUGAAAAUAUUGAGGCGACCAACAACACGCUAUGUAAUUCUCCUGUACUCGUUCUAUUCUGUUGGCGUGAUUGGUAUGGAUGAGAUCUUCUCACUGUGGUGCUCUGAGCCACCUCACUUGGGUGGACUGGGUCUUGAGCUGAAUACCAUUGGUACUGUUCUCGCCAUUGUGGGUGUCGCACAGCUGCCACUGCAGACCUUUGUUGUUCCCAUAUUUGAGCGGCGACUGGGCGCAAGAAAGUGCUUUGGUGUCAUGAGUAUACCUCUGAUCAUCAGUACAGCCAUUAUGCCAUCCCUGACUUCAAUGGCCAGCUCCAGUGCAGUCAUUCCUACCCUGGUCAUUGUUCAGCUGGUGCACAAGUUUAGCAACGGCGGUUCAUUUGUUUGUCUUAUGCUGAUGAUCAACAACUCAGUUGAGACUCAUGACCUUGGCGCUGCCAAUGGCCUGGCAAUGUCUAUGACGGGGUGCUUCCGCUCCCUUGCACCACUUGCCUGUGGGAGCAUAUUUGCUUGGUCCAUCGAUGGUGAGCAUGUCUUUCCGUUUGAUUACCACCUGGUAUUCUUCCUACUGAGCUUCCUCUUCUUGUGCACAUCCAUCGCUAGCACCCGUGUCUCUGAUCUUGUGGAUAAGAAGCUCGGUACACAUGCCGAUGACGUGGAUGUGAGACAAGAAGAAAAUAAUGCACCUGGUGUAGCAGUAGCUGCUGAUGCGGAGCAAGCGAACCAAAUCGAAGAUGUACUAGAGGAAGCAGUGUGACGGCUUGUACACUUGCAUCAACUGAGGUUUGCCCGCCUCCCCUUGGCUUAGAAGUAUGGGUUGUCCUGGCUAGUAAGCCCAAUAAUGCAUGAUAUUUAUGGUUAUUGAUCUUGUGGCUGUUGUCCACUUUUUUUCUUUUUCUUUUUUUCCAGUUUUGGGUUCUGAAUUAUUAUUCCUGACCAACAAGACAUAAGUGAAAUACCUUGUACUUGUAUCAUAUGUCUUCUUCUCAAUAUUUACUCAUCACCGGUAUUAGUUAGCUUAGUUCGCUCGCAGCAAAGGACAUAACCCCAAGCCACAUAGCGCAAACCACUUCUCUUCGCUUGAAACCUCUUCCACUCUUCCUUUCUUAUUCCUUUACCACCACUUAUGGCUCCUGUUUGCCAGGAUGUCGGCUUUUCCGCACUCUCCAUUACGACUGAUUACGCUAUUCUCCCUCUCAUGAAAGUCCCCUAAUCACCGACACAAACCCUGCAUCAAAAUAGUACACGGAUUCUUUGUAGUGCUUACCGAGUGGAUCAUGACCUUUAUAUUAUACGACGUAAGUUUCAGCUCUACCACAAAAAUUAUAAACCAUUUAAUUUAUUGUCACAAAGAAAAUUCACACUGAUCCUGUGUGGAGAUGUACAUGUAUACUGUUGACCAAUUUCAACGACUCCCUGAUCCUGCCAACUUGUUGAGCUUUGUUCCCCUGGCUUCAACAUACAAUGUCCACACGACUUCUUCCUGUGUUGAAUGAUGAUUACAAUGUCCACGA